AAUCCCGUGAUUCCGGAGACAAAUUAGCGUUUAAAUAGUAAUUUUUAAUGAAAAUUGUUAGUUAAGUUUGUUUAGUUCUGAAUUUUUUAUUAAUAUGUGUUUUAAGUGUUAUUUAGCCAUUGAUAAACUUGGAAUAUUAAAUACAUGUUAUUUUAGAACAUUAUUUGAAAAAUAAAUAUGUUUGAAAUUUAUUAAUUUUUAGCAUUUAUAACAUUAUGUAAACUAAAUAGUUACAAAAUAUUUUAUAUUUUAGAAUUUACCAAGCACCUGUUAAAAAUUUCGAUUCUUUGUUCAAAGUUCACAACAGUCUUUGUUGGGUGUUGUGUAAUGGUUGAAAAUCUGGCGUAAGAGACAACAGCGUUUAAACAGACAAAAAUAAAUUUCAAUUAUUCACGAAACUUAUUAUCGCUAAUUUAUUUUUUAAUUAGUUAAUUUUUUCGAAUCAUAAAAAUGUCUAAAAACGUUAGCGGAGACAGCACUAAAAUUUACAAAUUGGCUGAUGUGAAGUCACACAACAACUCAAAGUCUUGCUGGAUCAUCAUCCACAAUGAUGUCUAUGACGUUACGCCAUUUCUCGAGGAGCACCCUGGGGGUGAAGAAGUUCUGUUGGAGCAAGCUGGUUCCUUUGCGUCAGAAGCAUUCGAAGAUGUAGGCCAUUCAACAGAUGCCAAAGAAAUGAUGAAACAGUAUAAAAUUGGAACCUUACAUGAGAGCGAUAGAGAAAAGGAGAAAUCAGGCUCGGCCAGCCUUGUGGGUGCACCGUCCAAUGAAACGUCAUGGACCUCUUGGCUCAUCCCGCUUGCGAUAGCUGCAGCUAUCGCAUUUUUCUAUCGCUACUUCACCGCUUAACUCUUUCCAAGACAUAUAUUACACUAUAUAUUAUAAUACGGUCUUGUAUAUACAUACAUAUAUACGCAUACUAUAUAUGUAUUAUAGUAUGCUAAUAUAAUAUUCAUAUAUGUAUAUAUAUUUACAUUGAUAUGUUAUAAUAUGUUAAAUAUGUUGCGUUUUGAUGAUGUUAACUUACUUUGAGUUAUUGUAUACGACCAAUAAUAAUAAUGAUAAUGGUAAGCCAACGAGAGCUAAAUGAUGUUUAAAACGUUUUUGUGUAAUUGCAACGUUAUGAUGAGGUAAAAUGACAGCAGAUUCACAAAUAAUCAAGGAUUAUUGCUUUUCGUAAGAAAGUUUUAAAAUAAGUAGUUUCAAUCAGUUUAACUAAAUUUUACCUAUUUUGGUAUUUAUCAAAAUCUCAAUUAGAACAAUGAUAUAUUGCUAAUUAUUACGCUGAGACAAGUUACUAUGUAUACUACUACUACUACUGCAACGAUGGCUUAUUAAGAAUUUAUGAUAAAUUACUUCCUGUUUUAUGAUGCUGUUAAUUAAUUAAUUAGUUAAUGUUAAAUGUAUACGUUUAUUUCUAAUUAAUAAAGGGUGAACAUACGA